AUAAGAUUUUUAUGCAAAAUUUUAUAGAAAAUAAACAACUAAAGCAAUAUUUAAAUAAUUAAAACCAACAGGCUCAAGUUGUUCACUUUAUAAUGGCUUGUGAAGUAAAAACAUUUGGCAACAUAAAAGAUUUUCACAAAGUGCAAGAGUACUUUGGACUAGGACAUGAUGAUAAUUGGUUGAAUGGCAUUAACUAUGCCAUUUCACCCACCGGUGAGGUGAUUGCAUUAGCGCAGGGUGAAAAGUUGGCCAUGUUAAGUUCGUGCUGGGACAAUAAGACGCAAGUGUCCACAUACACCCUGAGUUGGUGCGGUGAAUUGGAGAACCCCAAUCAAAUUGUAACUGCAAUGGUUUGUUUGCCCAUGUACGGCCGCAAUGUGACCACUGGCGCUGAAUGGACUUGCAUAGCUUUUGGUCUCAGUUCGGGUAUGGUGGUUUUCUACACAGACUCGGGUAGUAAAAUAUAUUCACAAAGUUAUCACGAAGAUCCUGUACAUGCUAUUAAAGCCUAUACACCACCUAGACAUUCCGAGGCAGAAGCUUUUAUUUACAUUAUUUAUGAUCAGUGUGUUUGUACCUUAAAGGGUUCCGAUUUAAUACCUCAUUUAAACAUUCUACGCAACAAUCUUAAUCGCACAAUGGGACGCAGUUUAACUGCCUCCUCCAGUACACAUUCUUUGGGUGAAAUUGCCGAUGUGUUGAUGUAUCAAAAAUUCGUAUUCCCGCCACGUGAGCGUAAUACUGUUGUUAAUGAUGCAGUUAUUGAUCCUACCCAAGUGCCCAGUGUAUUCGACCACUUUGUGGAGCAGUGUGUUACAAAUGGUUAUUAUGCCCGUGUUUCUUCGACAACAAUGCAAAGCUCUACGGUGUUGGGUAUAGGAGCAGAACCAUAUUUAGCUUUUUAUCAUGCUGAAGAGGGUUAUAAAGCGAUUUCAUUGGGUGAAGUGGCUAAGGACGUCAUUGGCAUGGCUUAUCGCAACAUUUUGGGCAAUCUCUUUGGACGAGCUGCUCCGCCCACACCCUCACCCGAAGACCAGCCCAAUCUCUCACCCAGUAAAGAACUAAAAAUGCGUUCCAAAUGUACUUUCUUUGAUGGUAAACGAGAUGGUCAUACUAUCGCCAUAGCCCCGUCUGGACGCUUGGCUGUUGUUGUGGAUAAUUUGGACAGAGUUAUGCUGGUGGAUACACAGAAAUCCGUAAUUUUGAGAGUAUGGAAGGGUUAUCGUGAUGCUCAGUGUGCCUUUGUUCCUGUUAAAGAGAAAACCCUAAAGGGAGUUCAAACAUCACGCAGAAAAGCUUUAUUUUUGGUGAUUUAUGCUCCACGUUUGGGUUGUUUAGAGAUUUGGCCCUUACAAUAUGGUCCAAAAGUAGCUGCUUUCACGGUUAGCAAGAGUGGUCAGUUAGCUUAUAAUACACAUGGAUUGUUGGGUCUCUCCAUCGACAGUAAAAUUCGUGCCAACAUCAAUGCUUGUCUUUUUCUCGAUCCCAGCGAUUCGAGUGUAAAAGAAAUACAAAUACCCUUUCACUAUGCUUUAAGCACAACUAAUUCAGCUACAUCAAAAGAUAUACAUCUCUUGCGACGUCUUAAAAAUCAUUUACGCUCUACCGAUGCCACAAAACUAAAUAUCGAAGAAAUUACCUCAAUGGCGGCUGAUUUUCAAACCAUCGAAGUGCGUCAACAAUGUUUGGAAAUGUUACUGAAAAGCAAACAACUACAGGCUCAUGUAUUCCAGUCCAUUAUUAAUGCCUUCGAUCUAACGCUAAAGCAACAGCUUAACGAUCCCGAAAAGUAUAAUGUGAAGAAUUUGGAGGAAUAUCAACAAUUCCAUGUUGUAGUACAGAACUAUAAACGUUUGUGUAUGUUCUACAUGGAUAUGAAAGUGCCACAAAGGAAAGAACAUGUAGAAUCAUUGGAAUUAAGUGACAGCGAUUUGGUGAUAAUCCAGCAAUUAGUUUUACUUUUGAGUGAUUCAUUGGUUCACAAGCAAUUGACACCGGAAGUUUGCAGUGAUGCGGCUGCAAAAGGAGUGUCUUUUGGAGCAGAAUUAGAUGAUGUCGGUGAAUUUGUGGAUUUUCUUAAUCUCUUUCUAGUAGAUAAAGAGGGAAGUAUACCCCUAUCAGCAGAAAAAACCCAAUACUUUGGUGAAGUUAGUGGGAAAUUAUUUAAUAGAUUUUUCAAGUAUGGCUUGUGUUUUGAACAAUUUAAAUUGGCCGCCGAAAAAUCCCUAAUACCCUGCCGUGAUCUAUUGGUUUUAGCUUUGUAUUAUUGGCUGGAGAAACCUUUUUGCUAUAAAAAUUGCGAUGAAGUAGUGGAUGAUAUGUCUCGUUUAGCGGCCAUGGUUAAAAGCAUUUGUGAUUUGGCUGGCGAUGUGGUUAAUAAUUAUGCCUACAAUUGUAUUUCCUCUUGGUGGCAAUAUGUACGAGAAUUAUUAUUGGAAAGUCACAAGUCUUUGGGUUUAUUAGUUGCUAUUGUUUGCAAAACUGUGGCCACCAAUAUGAGAAGAGAAUUUAAUGAUGGCUCCUGUGAUGAACAGGAGGAAGAGGAACGUUGGGAGCGCAUAUCACAUGAUGAAGCCCAAUGGGGUCUUUUGAUUGGAAAAUUGGAAGAUAUCGCUAUACUGGGAGCCAUAUUAGAAUAUCCCAUCGUAAGUUUAGAGCCCGUUAUGCCUGAAGUUCCUUACGAUAUACCGGACUGCAGUUUAAAAUUUAUUGUUAGCGGUGGUAAGGGCAUUGUUACCGAUCUAACCGCCAAGUGGCUUAUAAACACUAGAAUACAUCCUUCAAAAAUCCUUGAAAUCGAUAAAGCAGAAAUAGUACAAGAAACUCCUAAAGACUCUAAAGGCCAAACGACAAGCACAAAUGAUUCAAAUGAAAACGAAGACACCGAAAAUAGUGAAACACAACAACCCAUGCAAUUAGAUGAUUCCGUAUUAAUAAAGUUGGCAUUGCUAAGAAAACAUUUUCCCUUCAGUUUGGAAUCAGGUGUCUUACUAAGUCUAAUGACAUGGCAUUACAUGAUUUAUUGGAGUAAAAAUCUAACUAGUUUGGAGCAUUUUAGAGCGGCGCUCACUUGCCUGAAACAAUUCAAAAUGCCUGAUCAUGCCUUAAAGCAUGGUAUUUGUUGUAUGUUGUGGCAAGCCACCUUGAAGUAUCCUUUGCAAUCUACAGCCAAAUUAAUACACAAAGUAGGUCGUUUACCCAGAGAUAAAAUGUGUCAGCAGGAUAUUGAUAUGUCGGCCUCGUGUGUGCCGGAGUUUUUGGAAUUGUGCUUAGAGUUUUUGCAGCAUUUCGAAGAGUCGUUGAAUCAUGAUAAAUUGGAACUGCAGUUUGAAAUAAAUUUGGCCGACGGUCCAUUGCCUUUGCAAUUUUUAGCUUUGCAACAACAUCAUGCUAUAAAAGAACAGCUUAAGUUGCACUAUGAGUUGACGGCUGUCUUGCAUUUCAUAUCGUUUUUCCAAUUGAAAAUACCAAAACCUUUAACUACGGUUUUUGAUGCCAUGAGCAAUAAAGCCUUCUUUCUCGACAUAAACAAGGAAUUAACAUUUGUUUUGCCGCAACCAGAUCUAAUGCUACAGCAUCAGCGCUGUGAUUUUCUCAGCAAAGUGAUAACAUCCUCCAUGGAUUUAAUAAGAGAAGAUUUGGAACAGUUAUACGUGCAGGAACAUGUGGAAUUUAUGGAGAAAAUAUUAAAAUUAGCUGAUAGCUGGUGUUUAGACCAACAGCCUCUGAGAAGAAGACAAAUUGUUGAUUUGUAUGCCCAUGGGUUUGAUGCUAAUGCCGAAGAUUUAUUGAAAAAUGUAACAGAGGAUGAAUUUAUUGGUCGUAUGCUAUUGGAAAUAGCUGGCAGACGUUUAAAUCUCCAUACAGAUAAUUCGCAAAGCGGCUUUUUAAAGGUGGCAUCUGUAGGACAUCAACUGCUGGGCUAUUUGGAUAAUCUUCGCGAAACUGCAAAUAUGUCUUCAUCUCUGCAAAUAACUGCCUCUGAACCUCAUGAAAUCGAUAUUAUUGCCUUGACUAAUUUAGUUACGAAUACAAUAAAAUUUUUGUCACAGAACGAAUCAGCCAAUAUUCAUAUCGCUGCCCAAAUGUUUGACGCUUGCAAUCUGUUACAGCAGUGAUUACCAAUUAAGCAUUAAAAUGUGAUGAAUUUGUCGAACCAACCACCACCAUUUAUAAUGACCUUUUUUACAUAAAUAUGUAGUAAUAGCUAAUAUUUAAGCAUUAUAUUUUUCAUUAUUUAUAAAUAAACCCAUACUUAUAUAUU